GUUCUCUCGGGGCUCACCCUUAGCUCUGCUCCCCAUUGGUUUGUCCCGAUCCUGUUCGAAUGUCAUGCCCUGCCGACGGGGUUGUGGUGAGUUCCACCAGUCCAGCGAGAAGUGAAGCCGAGGUGCGUUGCAUGGGAGUUGCCUGCCCCAACCACACCGCACCACCAUCUGCUGCCUCGCACCUGCCGCGUCCAUCGGGUUGGCUUUCCUCUCCUCCACCCACUUCGUGCGCUAGAUCUGUGCGUCCACGCCCCCACCAGCGAUCGCUGCUCGCGCGCUAUUCGCUGUAGCGGACGCCCUUGCACGUGCACCUCGGCUUGUGCUUGCCUUAGGUUCUCCAGCCACGCCGCGCACGGCCGUCCUCUUCAACCGCGAUUCCCCUCCGCUUGCUCCGUUCGCCCGAGAAGUCUGCAUUCUUGCCACCGCAUUCGUCGCCGGUCGUUCGUCGCACCACCCGCGGCGAGCGGCGCCAUGGCGAUGGACGGCGGGGUCAGCGCGCGCGACGAUCGCAUCGGGCUGGGCGCGGGCGAGUCGGAGGGCGGCAAGGCGGGCGCGGCGAGCGAUGAGGGCGGCGGGCAACAGGCGCUGAGCGGCAGCCCGCUAGAGGGGCCGGUGUGGGUGGAGGCGAGGGGCAGCUGUGCGCACAUACACGACAUGGCGUUCCUGCGCGACCUGCCGCCCUUCCACGCGCUCUGCAACCAGUGCGGGUGCGCGGCAGACAACUGGGUGUGCCUGACAUGUGGCGAGGUGGCGUGCGGGCGGGCGGAGGGCGCCCACAUGGUGAAGCACUUCCACGCCACGGGACACCCUGUGGCCGCUGGCUUCAGGGAUUCGUCUGUGUGGUGUUUCCAGUGCGACUCCUACCUGGACGCCCUAAGAAUACCAUCCCUGCGCCCGCUCUUCCACUCCCUCUAUCGCUCCAAGUCCGGCCAAUACCUCGACCUGCCCUUGCACUCGCACGCUCACUCGCCCACCUCUGCCCCCGCCUCAGCUGCAGCACCCUUUAGUUAGAAGCAUCAAGGGCGUCCAUGGUGCUUCCACAGGGCCCUCUGACCCGCACUCGCUGCCGCUAGCUUGCCCUGGCUUUGGCAACGCGUGCCCGCUUGCCGAGUCUUGGCUUGGGAACAAGGCUGCUCCGUUGUGUGCUGAAUGCCCCUCUCGAGCACUCACACUUUCCCUCUGAAGUUGUUUCCUCCCAUUUCUCCCCGGCAGCGUCAGCCCUGUUCUCACCGGCCAUGCUGUGUGGUCAUAUCGAUAAGUUCAGCCAUGCCGUUCCAUCAGCUUCUCACGUUGCAGCAAUCCUGUGGGAGUUUGAUGCACCUUUUUCUUUUUCUGCGGUAUGCAGCUGGCCAGAAAGGUGAAGCUGUGUUUGUUAAAAAGAUCACAAGUCCGUUAUGACUGCUAAGUUACACACGAAUAGGUGCUCGCGUUGUUAGUGUAAUAAUUUGGCAGGUAUUGCAAGAGACUAAGUUUAGAAUCUGCUAACACGAACACUUGGGAAACUUCAAGUGUUAGCCUAGGAUCUUUACUGGAAUGGUAGACUAGUACCGUAAGACAGCGGAAGUCUUAGAACUUGUAGAGUAUUGAUCAAAAUUUACUGAAGAAC